AACUGUAAUUAACAUUAAUAUAUUCAAUGUGUAAUUAAUAUGGAUGACGGUAAUAUGGCUAACUCUGUUUCACUAGGUAAAUUGUGCAAUAUAAGCAGAGGAACGUCUACUAGUGGCUCGCAUCGCCGGAGUCCAGGUUUCUGUUCCACGGAUGUGGCCGAUUCGGAUAACGCAGAUGCUACGUUUCAGGAAUUCACAGAACAAGAUGCCACAUCAUCGGUAGAUGCCGUGUUAUCUAUUGACAACUCGAAGUCAGAUACGAAAAAAUUCGAAAACACUAUCCUGGAUCCCAAGGUACAAAUCGCAUCACUAGAGAAGGAAACAAAUAUUGAUAUAAUUGUUUCUAAGAAGCCUGAUACUACAUCAAAAGUCUUAAAUAAUGACAGUUCCGCAGUAGCUUGUGCUAAAUCUAAGAAUGAUUGGCGCUUAAAUGCAGUCUCAACUAUUCAAAAGGAGCCUCUGGUGCCAUACGACGAUGUUUUGCAACGUAUUCGAAGGAAUUACCAGCUGAAAGAAUUAAAUGAAGAAGAUUAUGUCGGUUGUUUGGAGUCGAUUAUUGAACGUGAUUACUUUCCUGGAUUAAUGAAAUUACGUGUGAACAAUCUGCUGUUGGAGGCAGAAUCACGUGGUGAUCAAGCCCGUGUCAAAUACCUUAAGGAUAAGCUACAGCGUUUGGAUGAUGAUAAUGAUGAAAUGAAUAUAAAGUUGCGUACCACAGGCAACGAAGACGUCGUUGUAAAUGUCGGCAAAGGUGGAUUAAGGAUUGAUGAAUUCAGCCGAAUAUUUACGUCGGAGGAUAAUCGCAGUUUUGGCAGAUUGUUAGAGAAAAGCAUAACUCAAAGUAACGAGAAGCAUUCUUGGAUGGAAGGUGUUGCUAGAAAGCACAACUUGGCUAUAGCAUCUAACCAGGUUCUGACUAACUUGGGUAUUAGCAGCGGUGAAGUUCAAUCAAAUAAAGAACAUAGCCGCAAUGCUUUGUUUUUUAAUAAAGAUUAUGGAAUCAACAUGCCCACCACUAACAAAUCGCAAAUUCGUCAUAAUAAUACAUCCAUGCCAUCGGAUCACGAUGAAAUGAUAUCAAAACUUGAAUCACGACAGAAAAAGCGUCGUGCGGAACACCUAAAGAAUGCAUUCCACGGCAAGGUUAAUGACUUGAUUGCUGAAUUCGGAUUGAGUGAAUGUAAAGACCUGAUUGAUCAGGAACAGAUGGCAAAGUACGACUUUGUUCAAACUCCUUUAAUUUCUUUAGGAAAUGACGCAACUUACGACGUGCCCAAACCGAUAGCGCGUGAGGAAAUAGCAGAACGCCUGCGCAAGAAGUAUCAGUCAACUCCGCUUAAAACACCAUUGGCCAAUACACCACAUUGUAAAACACCAUUACUUAUUCAAAAGCUUAUUGCGAAGCACAACAAGCUUACGGAUCCUCAAUUAAGGAGUUCUUACAGAAGUUCCAAGUAUUCCAGGGGUUCUGUGCUGAGCGGUCCAGUAUCGAAACCAUAACUAAUAUGGAUGCUAGAUAUGAUUUGUAU